AUGCUUGAGUCGACUUGGCCUGGCGUAGUCCAAACAGCGUGGGAAGUAGACCUAGCCUUAGCGGUCUAUCUAACAGAACAAUUCAAAAGCCCAGUAGCUCACGCCGAGGUGCAGAAUCUGGUUCGGUCCAUCCCUGACAGGGUAGUCGAUACUCCCAAAGCUCUAAUAUUUUUAAUCUGGGAUUCCUUCCGAGGUGGACAGAGACGAGAGUUGAAGUAUAUCAUCGUUUGGGCGCCCGUCACUCCUGUGAUCGCUGUUACUUUCUUCAAGCGACGACACGGCAACGAUCCACUCUUACUACAAUACGCCCAUCGAGCCCUGAAGCAGCAUCCUGUCGACCUGACGUUCUUUUUCGUUCCGCAAGUGGUCCAGGCCCUUCCCUUUGAUAACCUUGGAUAUAACGCGCAGUUCAUCUUCGAAACCGCAAGGUGUCUCAAUUCUUUUGCCACCAUAUCAUACGGAACAUUAAGGCCAAUUGCUUCUGAUGCAGCCGAGAUCGUGAGCCCUAUGAAACCUGCGCUAGAUCGGAUGACUGAUAUGGUGGUGGAUUCGCUGUCUGGUGAUGCCCGUGCCUUUUACGAUCGGGAAUUUGGAUUCUUCAAAAAGGUGACCUCGAUCUCUGGGAAACUGGAGCCCUUCAUCGAAAAGUCGAAACCCGAGAAAAAGGCAAAGAUCGACGAAGAGAUGGCCAAAAUAGUUGUCGAUGUUGGAGUCUACCUUCCCAGUAACCCAGACGGUAGCGUCAUUGACAUUGAUAAGAAGUUCGGUCAACCGCUUCAAAGCCAUGCUAAGGCGCCGUUCAUGACUGCUUUUAAAAGUCUUUUGGACGGCGCACUCGAGAAACGUGAGGAAUAUGAUGUUUGGCAACAGGCCAUCUUCAAAGUUGGCGACGACUGCCGACAAGAUGUGUUGGCCUUACAAAUCAUCGUCAAAAACAUCUUCACCAGCAUUGGGUUGACCCUCUAUCUUCUCCCUUACAGGGAUACCGCAACUGCCGCUGGAUGUGGUGUCAUUGACGUGGUGCCAAAUGCUACAUCUCGAGAUGAGAUGGGAAGAGCCACAGUAAACGACCUGCUUGACUUCUUUAUUUCAAAAUAUGGCGGAGAAGAGACCGUUGCAUUCCAGCAUGCCCACCUCGAUUUCACCCAGUCCAUGGCCACGUUACAUCCUGCAAAUCAAGGAUCGUCACAAUGGGAAUAUCAUGGUUGA